AAACCUGACAUAUGCUGAUUAGAUUUACACCCCAAGAGGGAAAAAAAUACAUCACAGUUCAUAAGUAGCUUUCAGGCUCUCUCCUAUUUUUCCCUUUUCGUGCGCCAACUGUUUCUCUCUCUCUCUCUCUCUCUCUCUCUCUCUCUGAAGUCCGGUGGUGAAGAUACUGUACCAUCUCAUCGUAGCCAAUCUGUGUCCAUUGCAACAAAGCUAAGCAUUUCCACAAAGAGAUGGCCUUGCAAACUGCAAAUCCUCCUACUACCCCCAGUGCCCAAGUGGUUGGAAAUGCUUUUGUUGAGCAGUACUACCAUAUUCUUCACCACUCACCAGAAUUGGUCUAUAGAUUCUAUCAAGAUUCAAGUGUGCUAAGCCGGCCUGAUUCUAAUGGUGUGAUGAACUCAGUGACAACCAUGCAAGGUAUCAAUGAGAAGAUUCUAUCCUUGGAGUACAAAGACUUUAAGGCUGAGAUAAAGACUGCAGAUGCUCAGAAAUCUUAUAAGGAUGGAGUAACUGUGUUAGUAACUGGAUGUCUAACGGGCAAGGAUAACUUGAGAAGGAAAUUUGCGCAAUCGUUUUUUCUUGCUCCACAAGACAAUGGAUACUUUGUCCUUAAUGAUGUUUUUAGGUAUGUAGAAGAUGGUGAGCCAUUGGACAACCAUGCAGUUAAUGGAGUUAAUGAUGUGACAACAGUCCCCAAAAUUUCUGAACGAGAGCCCACUCAUGUUUCUGAUCCUCCAGCAACAGAUCCUGAAACUUCUCCUGUGGAAGAGGAUGGAAAUGUUGUUGAGAAAUCUUAUGACCCAUCCGAGCAUGAGAUACAAUUGGCUAUUGAAAAGGAGGCUGUGCAGCCUCCAUCUCAUUCAAAUGGUGAUGAUGUUUCCAUAGCUGUAGAAUCGUCUUCUUCAGUGCAGGAUGAUACUCCAAAGCAGUCUUAUGCAUCAAUUGUCAGAGUAAUAAAAGGGAGUCCAGGGCCAACUAAUACUAAUACAAUGAAGGUGGUUCCUAAGAAAAGUGAGAAUCAGUCACUUGGAUCUGUGCCACCUACUUCUAUUCCAGAAGCAUCAGCCCCAAGUAGUGUUGGUACUCCCGAAAGUAGCAAUACUCAAGAGGAUGUUGAGGGCCACUCUAUCUACAUUCGUAAUCUGCCCUUCAGCAUGACAGCUGAGCAGCUUGAGGUGGAAUUCAAGAAAUUUGGGCCAAUCAAGCCAGGAGGCAUCCAAGUCAGAAAUAAUAAGCAGGGAUACUGUUUUGGCUUUGUUGAAUUUCAGUCAUUUAGCUCCAUGAAUAGAGCAAUUGAGGAUUCACCUAUCAUUAUUGGCGGGCGUAAGGCUGUUGUUGAAAUAAAGAGAACUACUACACGAGUUGGUAGUAGUGGAAGAGGUAGGUUCUCUUCUGGAAGGGUAUUGUAUCGUAAUGAGAGCUUCAAGAGCCGUGGAAGUUAUGGUGGUGGCCGGGGAUAUGGUAGAAGUGAUUAUGGAAACAGGGGUGACUUCUCUGGUCGAGGUAGUGACUUCCCUGGUCGAGGUAGGGGUCCUGCUGGGCGUGGCGAAGGUUAUCAGCAAGGCAGAGGGAGAGGAGGCCGUUCCAGUGGACCAAAGCAAAAUGUUUCCUCAUGAAACUCUAGUGGUGAAUUUUGGAAGCCAGUUUUGACAAAAUUGUUUCUAUGGUCAGUGCUAGCAUCAAAGAACUGAAAGUGAUUUAAUCAGAUAGUUUAACCUUUGGACUCUGAAGUUGGAGUGACAUUGAGAUGGAAAGGCAUUUUCAGUAGUGUUGGUUUUUUUUUUUUUUUUUUUUUUUUUUGGCCCUAGGUAAAAAUGUUUAGAGCUCUUUUUCCCUGUUGGGUUCAAAGGUAGCUUUGCUGCAUCUUCUGGUCAUCCUCCAGCUCCACCAAGAAACUUUUGAUGAUAACUCUCAAUGGAAGUUGCAUAGUUGUAGUUUUUCUAAUGGGAUGAUCUUAACCAUUGAGUAGAUGUGAUGUUUUUCUGA